GAGCUGCAGGCAACGUGAUCUGAAUUACAUGGAGGACAAGCUCCAGCUGACUCUCCGUAAACUCGCAUUAGGAUUCUACUAUGCGACGACAGGAGCAGGUGGGGAUAAUGAGCUGGCAGAAGGGGCUGCCUGUCACACUGCCCGGUGGUCCCUCUUUCACCCCCACUUUGCCUCAGGCAUUUUCUACUUAGCUGUGACCUUACUUGUGGUGAUACCAAUCCAGUGGUCAGGAGAGAGGCACCCAGCCCAUGUCUGAAUCCUGCUACUGACCCUGGGGAUCCAUGCGACUUGAUCUUAGAUAUUGGUGGUGAAGUGUCGCUCUCCUUGACAGCAUCCAGGAAAAGGUAAUUAAUUACCUUUGCCAAAAUGCAAGUGGAAGUUCAAAGCCUCAGCCUUGAAGAGGGUCCCUGGGGACUUCCAGGCCCCGAAUGUGAAUGUGAAGCCCUUCUGCCGAGUGGGGCAAGACGCCGGAGUGACCUUCGCCUGAGUGGGAGGGCAGUCACUGUUUGGGUCCACUUUAGGCGUGGUCCAGGUCAAUUUAACUUGUCAUAUGCCACGGGAAGACAUAAGAAGCCAACCCCACACCAAAACAUGAACAGGGGAAUGGAAUUUAUUGCUCCUGUGUCAGCUCCCACCAAAUGCGGUGCCCUGUGGCAUUUUUUUUCUCCAGGCCCCACGGAUGCCCAGAGAUCAGUUAGAAUCAGGCCAGGCACCAGGAUGGGCUUGUCCUCAGAUCCAGUUGUUAGCACCUUGUCUUCCAAUUAUCUAGCUCUGCUAACUCUCUCUUACAAGCCUGGGAGGAGAGUGACAAGUUCAUACCUAAAUGUACGUGGGCAUGAAGUAAGAAAGCUCCAGAGUUCUGCUGAGGCCACAAGGAUUUCCAGAACUGGCAGUAGUUAAGAAUUUUGCAGAAUUGAAGAGUCACACCUCUAAAUUUGUGUAGAUUGUGAAAUCUCUUCUUGCAAGAAAAAAAGAGAAAUAGCGGGAGUUAUGGAAAUAACAGUUGAUGAAAACUUGGUAGUCUGAAGUCUGAACUUUGAACACUGGCAGACAGGCUGAUAAUUCUCUUUGAUCGUGAGCCCAAGUUCCAUGUGCACCGCAGGAAUCUGUGCAGCAUUUGUGCACUGGUGUGGCGCCCAGGAGAGGACCACAGAGUGACAAGCCACCAGGCUCUAAAGGGAGAGGACGAUCCCCAGAGGACCUGGAUAGAGAUGUUUUCAUGACCAUUGUCUGCUGUGUGCUCCCAGUGAUGAGACUCUAGAAUUUACACCUGAAACACACAGUCAUUUAAGAUAUUAUUUGUAAUAUCUGGUAUGUCUAAGUAAAACAUGUAUUCAGUAAAACUUGCCAUGCAACUUA